AUGACAUUACUUUAUUUAAAUAUUAAAAACAUUAAUUUGUGUAGGAUAGAAAUAAAAGAAAAUCUUGGUAAAAGAUUUUUUUAUGUUAGGACUAAAUUUUUACUGAAACAUUUUUCAUUUUAUUUUAAACUGAUUUUAUCGCUGUCUUUACAUUACGAAAUUUAA